CUUGCGCUCUCAGCAGCCAUGGCACCGAAGACCUUCCUCCUCGUAGCCCUCAGCCUGGUCCUCGUCUUCGCCGUGGCCAACGCUUGCGGCACUAGCUGCCCGACGCCGGCGACUCCGGCGACGCCCACGCCGGCGACGCCCACUCCGUCCUACAGCAAGUGCCCCAAGAACGCGCUCAAGCUCGCCGCGUGCGCCAACGUGCUGGGCCUCGUCAGCGCCGAGGUCGGCCAGCCACCAGCAGAGCCCUGCUGCAGCAUCCUCGGCGGCCUCGCCGACCUCGAGGCCGCCGUCUGCCUCUGCACGGCCAUCAAGGCCAACGUGCUCGGCAUCAGCCUCGACAUCCCCGUCAAGCUCAGCCUCCUCGUCAACUACUGCGGCAAGAGUCUCCCAAGCGGCUUCAUUUGCGCAUGAUUAAGCUAUUCAUUGUCUAGCUGCAUGCAGCGCCCAAACAUGAACAGAGCGUUCAUUUUGUGACUGCAAUACUGCAUGCGUGUUUGGCUCGUCAUUAUCCAUUUCUGAUUAUUUCUUUGGUUCUGAAUGUAGAACUGAUGUAUCUGGUGUGCCAAUUGUUGUGCUUGUUUCGCCUAUUAUUUUGGAGUGUUUCUGAAUGUAG